AUGAUAACCGGCAAGUUGUGUUUGCAAACCACUUUAGCCGUCGUUAUGUUUAUUUCUACCUUUUGGCUCUUCGCCGUAGACCGUGAGAGUUUUAUUCUCCGAGAUGAUGAGAAGUCGAUGCGUAUGAAAACGAAAUCCACCGUUUCUUUUUCUACAAUGGAUGAGAAUAGUAUGGAGUGGGAUGACACAGAUGCCUAUUCUUCUCUCUACUGUGUAGGUCAUCGAUUGAUAGAUUAUGAUAAUAAUAAUAAUAAUAAUAAUAGUAGUAAUAAUAAUAAUAAUAAUAAUAAUAAUAAAGAUGCGGAGGCGGUACGGAUAGAUGUUAUUUCUAAUGGUCUCUUUAUAUCUAAUUUCACUCAUUCCAGUCAACUCAUGGAGAAGGAUGUGAUGGGAUCACCGGAUAAGUAUUACUUUCCCAUUUACAAUCGUACCUGUUUGUAUACGUUUGUAUACUUUGAUCAGAAGAAAAAUAAAUUUUAUUUUUAUCUACAGAAUACAUCUUUUCAUCGUAAACUAUUAGCGGAAGGUAAACUUCAUUUACCACCAGUAUCAUUGAGUUCAAGACCAUUAGAAAUACCACGAGCACGUGCAAGUGCUCUACGGCGACAAUCCCAUUGGGCUUUUCAGUAUUCUCCCAUUAUCAUUCUUGGUAAACGUCCACGAGAUGCCGUAAUGGAUUCCCUUCUUCUUCAUAAAGAAGGAGAGAAGGAAGAAAACGAAAAAGAUGGACCAAAUAGUUUUUCUACUGUUUAUCAUCAUAAUAUAUUAGUAACGUACUUUCUUCCUACAGUGGCUCCAUGGAAUUUUGCUCAUACACUUUUAUGUGAUUUAUUUGGUUUCUUUUGGGGAUCUAUGGAAUUACAAAAAGUCUUUAAACAUAUAUACCCCUCUGAAAUGAAAUUUCUACAAAAUGCACUUCCCGAUGCGCAAAUUAUUGCCGCUUCCUUUCGAUAUUUUCCAAAGUUUCCACUUCCAAAUUCAAAUAAAGCCUUUUCUUUCUUCUCUCAUCGUCCGGCUUUAUAUGAUGUGAGGCUUCCCUCUGGUCUUUACAGGGCACUGUUGGCAGGCACAGGAACAAAGAGUUGGAGUUGGGUGACGGCAAAGUACACAGCGAGUGGAUCUCCGGCAUUGUGGUUUGCGUUUAGACAUUAUAUUAUUCAAUUAACAGGGGCACAAGUAGAAGAAGAAAGAAAAGAAGAAAAAAAGAAAAAAGAAGAAGAAGAAACAUUAUUAUUAUCCUCUUCCUCUUCUUUCUUUAAAAAUUAUUCUUCUUCAUUUUCUAAUACAUCACGUCCUAUACGAGUUUCUAUAUGUUAUAAGAAAGAUAAACGUGGAAUAGUGAAUAGUGAAGAAUUACUACAAUUUCUUCAUCAUCAAUAUUCACAAUCCAGUCAAGUGGAAAUUCUUUUAGAAAGUAUAGUGGGUCAUAGUGCGAAAGAACAGGUAGAGAUGAUGUUGGCUACUGAUAUCUUUAUUUGUAAUGAAGGUACAUUAGCAACAACGUUUUUCUUAAUGAAUCCCGGUUCUGUAUUUAUUGCACUUCCUAUUAUUUAUCAUUCCCCACAUUUACAUCAACCACACAUGCCCUCACCAGAGAAAUGGUGGUCUAAUCCAGAUAUUAUUCGUGUGGAUCCACGAUUUAAUACGGGAGGAAAUAUUGAUUGGUUUCCACCUGCUAUUCCAUGGAUACGUACAAUAUGGUAUCAUCCUAUUUCACUCGCAGAAGUGGAGAUACAACAACCAUUACAAGGAUUACGUAAUUAUAUGCCUGAUUAUAAUAUUCGUAUUGAUAUGCAGCGUUUCUUUUUAUUGUUAAAACGGGCUAUUGUAUUUAUAAAAAGUCGUGGUUCUUUAUGGAAUAUUAGGCAAUGUUCGAAUCUAUCUUUGGAUUUAAAUAGAGUCACGACAAGAUCUUAUAUGGAGAAACAGAAAAAUACUUCUUUUGAGGAAGAAUAUCAUUAUAUAGAUAUUUGUUUAAAACCAAAGAAUUGGAGUAAUGUGUUAAAUAAUAUCUCACUUCGUUCUAUCUUUUAUUUACAUGAAAGUACAGCCGAACAAGAUCGUUUCCGUGGAAGAACACAUAGACCACCAAAUUAUUCCAUUACCGGUGAUCAAUGUAGACGUCUUUUACAUCUUCAACCUUCUUUAGUCACGAGUUUCAAUACCGCACUUUGUCGAUAUGGGAUGAGUUGGUUGUGUGAGUUCUUUGUUAAUGGACGAUAUCCACAGCGAUUCUUUCAUGAUAAGUGGCGAUUAAGUAAUGGGCAUUGUGGAAAAGAAGAGAGUUGGCCUGUUUAUUGGCAACAACAUUUAAAUCUUCUCACUACUACGGUGAAGACUCGGGCUAAUAAGGAAUCCACACAUGUGAGUGAAAUGGAAGGAAUAUCGGCUUUAGAUGAUCUUCACGAGGCGGUGGAUUAUUUCUUUGAUGUGCGGGAACUGCAGAAUAUCUCACAAUUUCUCUUUUUCACAAAAGAGGAACUUUUGACUCGAUACACCACAACGGAUCUUGGCCCUCGGUUUACUGCAGAGGAGGAAAUUGUACGGAAACUGUUUGGUUAA